CGAACCGGACACUGAGAGAGAAAGAGAGAGAGAGAGAGAGAGAGAGUCUCUCAGUGUGCGUGUGUGUUCUUUGUUUUGCUUUUGUAUUCGUACUUUUUUUUAGCAAAGUCAUAUUAAUAUGAAUAUGUCAAGGGUUACGACCUUGAAUUUCCAAUUGAAAAAAAAUCCCCCGUAUGGACUCACAGACGUCUGCAAGUAACAACAACAAAAAAUGAAAGAAUCAAUUCAUUGUAUUGAAAACCGCCAAUCAUUCAAAACCAAAUGGCAUUGAACGUAUUUUCACCACUGUCAGAAUGUCAAAGCUAACCUCAAAUAGAACAUCACUAGAACUACUCGUGAGAUACAUGUUUCGAUUAUUUUGAUUUAGUUUUUUCUUGUGUGUGCACAAUUUUAGAGAUAUGAGCAAUUGAUGUGCAUCAAUAAAAUGCAGAUUUGAAGUGCGAAAUCAAAUCUUCGAAGCGGCUCGUUUCCAUUCAUUCGCACCACCUGAGCCAAUGUCAUUUCAUAAUCUACAAUUAAAUUCUAUCAAUAGAAUGACAUUGAGAUAAAUGUGAUUAAUUGAAAAAAAGCAAAAGUUAAUUGUGAUUCGUCAUAGAGUUUGUUUCAAUUAAGUAGCAAAAAUGAAUUUACUGCGUCAAACGAAUUUGUGUAAUGCAUUAAAAUCUUACCACCGUUUAAAUUUACUGUCAACAUCGUUGCCAUCGGUUGCAUCGCACACAAAUUGUACAAAUAAUCAAUUUCAUGGCAUCGAGGCAUGUGCAAAAACAAAACCCAAUUAUCAUCUGUCUCAGUGUUUACGUAAUAGAAAACAAUUGGACGUUUUCCAAAGAUCGAUUGCGAGUGACCAUCAUCAUGUGAUUAGCCCAAAAACUGGAUUGCUCACUUCGCUGAGAGAUAAUAUAGAUCCAUACAAGCGACUAAUUCGACUUGAUCGACCGAUUGGAUCGUGGCUUUUAUUUUGGCCAUGCGGUUGGAGUAUAGCGUUGAGCGCAACAGCCGGCGAAUUGCCCGAUAUUACAACGCUGGCGCUAUUCGGAUGUGGUGCGGUCAUAAUGCGAGGAGCCGGAUGCACGAUAAAUGAUCUAUGGGACAAAGAUAUCGACGCAAAGGUGGAACGAACGAAAAAUCGGCCACUGGUCAAUAAAGAAAUUAAGCCAUUAGACGCAUGGGUAUUCUUAUCCGGACAGUUGAGUGUGGGAUUAAUGGUGUUGCUUCAGUUGAAUUGGACAUCGAUUGUGAUCGGGGCAUGUUCAUUGGGUUUGGUCACCAUUUAUCCGCUCAUGAAACGAAUUACCUACUGGCCACAGUUUGUAUUGGGCAUGACAUUCAAUUAUGGUGCUUUGCUUGGAUGGUGUGCCACACAAGGAUCCAUCAAUUUGGCUGCCUGCCUACCGUUGUACGUAGCCGGAAUUUCAUGGACCAUCAUAUACGACACAAUUUACGCUCAUCAGGACAAAGUGGAUGAUCUUAUCGUUGGCAUCAAAUCGACGGCACUUCGAUUUGGUGACAAUACCAAAGCGUGGCUCACCGCAUUUUCCACAGCAAUGAUGGGUGGUUUAUUAACGUCUGGAUAUAUCUGUGAUCAAACUUGGCCAUAUUAUACUGCCGUUGGAUUGGUAGGUGCUCAUCUUGCCCAACAACUAACUUCAUUGAAAAUCAACGAUCCAAGCGAUUGUGCGCGCAAAUUUAUUUCAAACUAUCAAGUCGGCCUUAUCAUAUUCAUGGGCAUUGUGAUUGGAAAUUAUUUAAAAUCGAAGCAUGAUAACAAAAUCUCCACCAAUUUACAAUCGACCACACCAACAACACUGAUAGAAAUGACAAAAGAAAAACUGCACAUUACAUGAGACAAAAGAAAACGCCGAAAACAGUACCGUUUUGAUGAAAAAGUGACAUCAAGAAAUAUGGCUGCAUUAUGUCGAAUUUAUUAUUCAAACGAAUACGGGAUAAUUUUUUUUAAGAUAGCCGCGGUCGGUACGAAUAUGUUUUUUUUUUGUACAAAGAAUCGAACACAAUUUGCCACAAGACAAUUUAAAAAGUCCAAUGUUCCAUGUAUUCAUAUGCCAAAGAGAAUAAAAAACGAAGGAAAAGGAUAAAUCAUUCAUUAUUUGAAUUAAUGUAAAAAAGCGGGUCUCACCAAUGUUACCUAAAUGUAUUAAAAUGCAAAGAAAAAACCAACAAACCAAUAGAAUUCUGGAACAUUUUACAAGAAAAUUAUUAAUUUUAAACACUUCUCUAAACAUAUCAUCCCAGAUUGGGAUGGUUUCAAUAAAAAAAAGACACAAAGUAUACAUACCAAUCAAGAACAAA